AUUUGCAUGUGGAACUGUCGUUAUUUUCGGAGGGGUCUCAUAUUCACUUGUAAUUGUGAUUCGUAGGAAGUAAGAUCUCUAGUAGUAUAAAAAUAAAAAUAAAAUAGUGUAAUUUCAACUUCAAAUCGGAACGCAACAUAAGAAAACAACAACAAACAAGAACAACACACUCAAACCACCAAUUAACAACAUUAACCGUUAACCGUCGCGCAUCCGUCAAACUUUAACCGUCUUUUACGCAUUGAGUAAUAAAAGCAAAAAAAAAAAAAAAACUAAAGUAACGUAACUCCGUAACGUAUCAAGAACGCGUCCCAUCUCCCGAAUUGUAUUUGUGUGUGUGUGCGAAUGCAACAGCAACAAGAAUCUCUCUUCAAGCAACAAGACAUAACGUAACGCUGCGUAUAACGUUUUGGACAAAGCAAACAUAGCAGUAAAAACUAAAAAGAAAAGCUGAAGAAAAGCAAGGAAAACAACAACGCACACAUACAGCAAAAGGCGCUGAGAAAAGAAGAAGAAACUGGAAAACGCAACGCGACGUGUGACCUGAACUGACCUGACCUGACGUUACGUGACGGCAUAACAAUAUUAAUGCGUGUUAGACUAAACAAGAGGAACACAGAACGAACCAGCGCCGCGUAAAGCCGUCAGAGGAGCAAAAGGAGAACUCUACCAAGAGAAGCGAAAGAGAGCGAGAGCGAGAGAGAGAGAGAGAUAAGCUCUCGCAUACUUUGGAAUCGAAUUUCUUGCGCCCCCAAGUUAAAGGAAAACAGCCUCAAGAUUCUGCCCUUCGGUGCCAACUUUCGUCUGGAGACGACACCAGCCGAAAUGCACAAAAUAACAGCCGCACCAACUGCGGCCACAGGUGCGCCAACCGGCGCACUGGAGGCGCCACUGGCAGCGCCCAAAUACGGCACACUCAUACCCAAUCGCAUCUUUGUGGGCGGGAUCAGUGGCGACACCACCGAGGCGGAUCUGACGCGUGUCUUCAGCGCCUACGGCACCGUGAAGAGUACAAAGAUAAUUGUGGAUCGUGCCGGUGUUAGCAAGGGCUACGGAUUUGUUACCUUUGAGACAGAGCAGGAGGCGCAAAGACUGCAGGCGGAUGGUGAGUGCGUGGUGCUGCGCGAUCGCAAGCUGAACAUUGCGCCAGCCAUCAAGAAACAGCCCAAUCCGCUGCAGUCGAUUGUGGCCACAAAUGGAGCCGUUUAUUAUACAACCACGCCGCCGGCACAGAUGAGCAAUAUACCCAUGGAUCAGUUUGCCGCUGCCGUCUAUCCGCCAGUUACUGACUUUACAGCCGCUGGCGUUCCAGCCAUCUACCCACCUUCAGCCAUGCAAUAUCAGCCAUUCUAUCAGUACUACAGCGUGCCAAUGAAUGUACCCACCAUUUGGCCUCAGAACUAUCAAGGUUAAAUCAAACCAACAACAACCACAACAACAACAACAACAACAACAACAACUACUACAACAACAACCAGAACAACUAGAACAACAAAUUUUCGUAGUCGCCAAGAUUUUUCGUUGAGAGCUGCCCGAGCAACAACCACAAGCAGCAGCAGCAGAUGCAACAGCAACAACUACAACAACUACAACAACUACAACAACAACAACAAGAACAACUACAACAACAAUAACAGCCACUAGAACAACGCUGCAAAAAAAAACCCCGCCACGCUCUGCAGUUGCCCGCAGUUUCCGCACAAAGAAUACAACAUACAAAAAUUUAGUUUUAAUUUUAAUUGCUAAAUUAAUUUACUAUAUUUUAAUUUAACUCUCUCACACACACACACACACACACACUGCGCUCUAGGCGUCAAUUAUUAGUUAAAUGCCACGCCCCCGCCCCUACGCGCCACUUAUUUGUACCGCUAGGGGGCGCCCUAGAAGAAGGAGAAUUAGUCAAAAAAGGCAACAAAAAAAGAAAAAAGAAUUUUAUUUUUGUAUAUGAAAAUAUUUAUUUUUGUAACUGCGCCAUUUAUCUAAUUAAUUCUUGUUUUUGUUAUGAUGCUUGUGCAUAAUAUUGUAGCUAACGUAAACAUGUAGUAGUGAGCACACACACACACACCAUCCACACACACACACACAGAUGAAUAUGCUUGAAAUGUAUGCAAAAUGUUCUUCGACUGUUUCUUGUAGGCAUUUAUCCCUGUUAACUUUGAGGAUGCAGCAACAACUACAACAACUACAACAACAAAAGCAAUAACUAAAAAAAAACUGAUGCUACUUACUACAACAAGAACAACAAUAGCAACAACUA